AUGGAAGUAUAUCAUUCCCCUUCUGGCUUUGCCACUACGAACAACCCCGUGGAAGUGACAGACAAAGUCCUAAAGCGUGAUGUUACGAAAGGCGUACGGCUACAAAUCAGUGAACUUGUGGAGAAGUUGGGAUCCAACCUGGUGGCAUUGUCAAAGGUUCUUCCAGAGGUAUCCACGGAAGCGUUUGCCCCCAAAAACCUUGUCGCACGCAUGCGCAUUUUGAAGGCACACAGAUACAUCCUCAAGGCCGAUCACAUCGCGCCCCCCAGUGGAAGUAUGGUGCGCUUACUCCAGUCAACGACGUUGGUGAAGGAACUUCUGGUGUCCAUGGCCGAGCACGCCGCACGCCAAUCGAGCUUGGUCGUAAACUGA